CAUUCGCUUUGCUGAUAGCUAAGAGGACGGUACGAGUUUUCCGUUUUCUUUUUCAACUUUAUCUACGAAUAGUUCGAAACCUUACAUUCUAUAGGAUAAAGGAAGAAUACAGAAAAAUCCAGCACCCAAUAACCCCUUGUGCAUAUUAAAUCAGGGAGAAAUAAAGAAGGGUAGAGAAAAGGGAGAGAGAGCGAAAAAAGAGUGAGAACGAGAAAUAAACAAGAGAUAGAUCGAGAGAGGAGACUGAGGGAGAGAAGAGAGAGAAAGAGAAAGAAAAGAAGAAAAAGAGUUAUUAAGUGAAAAAGAGUGAGGGAGUACGCAUGUAUCUGUGAGAGAGCUAGAUCAUGUUUUCGUAUUUAGGGCGCAUCGGCGAUUUCUUGGAAAUGGCCGACAUAAAGCUGAAAAUUCUAUAAUGUAGACUAAAUGGCUAGCCUUUGAGACCCUUAAUUAAUUUAUUUUCAAGUCUUCCAAUGGCCUAAUUAUACUUUUAAUCGUUUUCCUUAUCAAAAUAAGCUUCAUGAUUCUUUGGUUAUUCUAUACGACAAUAUAUUAAUUUCAAUAUUUUCAGAAAAUCAUAUCCAUUUUUAAUGAAUAUUGAUUAGCUGUCUAAGAGACUAAAUAGGACUAAUAUAUAUAUAUAUCUAUAUAUAUAUAUAGAUAUAUUUAUAUAUAUUUUAUAGUAUAUUAUAAAUAUACUGUAUCUUUGCUUACCAUUGCUUGAAUAAAUUCGUCCAAACUGAAGCACAUUGGGUUGUAUUUUGUCUGGUGAUCAGUCGAGUGUAAAAUUUUUGUGUGGUAAAGAUUGAACUACAUUCUUAAUCUUUGUCUCCUUCCUCGACAUAAGCAUUCGCUUAUUAAUCAUGAAUAUAUUAUCAUUCUGAUAUUUUUAAUAUCUAAUAAUCUUUAUUGAUUAAACACUCUUAAGAAAUAAAAUGAUUAAAAAAAAUAAUGGGCAAUUUUUGAAAGAUGUAACCUAUACGUUCCGCCGUGUAUUGUUUUUUUUUCUUUAGAUUAUUGUUAUGGAAAAAAUGGGAAUGUUUUUUGUUUACAAAAUCAAAUAGACCUAUUGAAAAUGAAUCUAUGUCAAGGCGUAAUAAACCCAUAUGGUGACCUUCAAGGCACUGGAUUUCUACGGUGUCUUAUUUUUUUCUUGAGUGUAAUUACUGAAUACACUGUAUAAUUUCCUCGUAUAGAAAAAGGAGAAUAUUGUUGGCCUAUGGCUUCAUAUAUUAUCAGCAAAGAUGAUUGAUAUAUUAAAAUUAUUCAUCACUAUAUCACUAUUUAAAAAAUAUCAAAAGUUGACGUUUUCAGCACCUCCCAUUUUGCAAAUUCACUAGGCCUUUUAGCAUAGAAGCAUUGACCGAAUAAGGCUCACAUGAGCUUAUUCAUGCGGUUGGGUGUCUAUAGUUGGUUUUAUAUUUUUAUAAAAACCUGUUAACUUGGUUUCAUCAAAUGCAUAAUAAAAUAACUAAAGAUACUGGAAUUUAUUAGAGGACAAAUAGGACAAACAUACAAUAGAAGUUAUGUCGAUUUGUUUACUUUUUUAACUGGGUCUAUUGACUGACAUAGCUUAUUUUCUUUUCUAUAAAUUCAUAUUUAAAAUAGUUUUUCCAAUUGACUUUCGGUUCGAUAAGAAACAAAUUUAACAUGUUUCUGCUGAUAUAUAUAUAUAUUAAUAUAUUUCUUGCAUAGGUUAACAAAAAAAAACUAUGCAUAUAACAAAAAAACAGUUAUCAUACGUAUGUAGCAGCAACUGCUCCUUAUUGACAUCCGUGUUUGUUCAACCUAUCAACGAAGGUCUUAGUGGAAAUUCUUCAAGUAGGUCUAUCGAUUAUAUAUCAAUGUCAAAGUUCCGUAAAGUAAUUGAAAUCGAAAUAUUUCCAUUAUGAAAAGAAAUUUUUCUCCCUAUUUCUCCAACCAAAUUGUCUACUUCUUUAUGUUAUUGAAGUAAUAAGGAUACGAAAAUUCCUAUUCUUUUCUAGAGAAGAGGCUAUUGAUUAAAAUUAAAUUAGGUAGUUUUAUGCACUAUUAAGCAAAUAUGCCUCAUAACCUUUCUCAUUCAUCUUCGUGUAGCAAUUGAAUAGAAUACCCGUCUAUAACUGUUCUAAGGACUACGUAGAUAUAACAUUUUUUUUAAAAUUAAUCGUUACAAUGAAUUAAAUUAUUAAUUAAUAACUACUGUAUAUAUUCAGAUAUGACGUCAAUAAGCGACGGGUAAAUUCUAUUAGAUACUUGUUGAGGGGGUGUACUGUGUAAAACAUACACAAUGCAUUAGUUGUUUAUAAAUGAAACAGAAUUACUAUUUUGAGAGGUGAGUGUCGGUGAUAAGGUAUUUAAAGUAACGAAAAAAAGAAAAGUCACUUAAAAACUGUUAAUGUAAGGAGACAUUAUUAAUAUUGUAUGCUGGUUUGUGUGUGAGCGUGAACGUAAGUGAGUGAGUGACUGAGUGAGUGUGUGAGUGCGUGUGUGUUAUAUUGGUGCGUGUGUGUAUGUGUGUGUAUGUGUGUGUGUGUGUGUGUAUAUGUAUAAAUACAUAAGAGGGUGUACUACUUUUCACAUAUACGAAUAAUGUCAAAGCCUACUAUUUAGAAGCAAAUCUAAAAGACAGUUCAUUUCUUACUUCCUUUCCCUUUCAUUAUAUCUCUGUUGACAGUUAUUAGAAAAAAUGAAAAACAUUAGAAAAAAACUAGCAAUACUGCCAACAGUCUUUAUUUAUUCGUUUGCGAAUCAUAUAGAAUUAUAAUAAUGCAUCAAUGUCAAAGGCAAUUCUACGUACGCGUCGAUAUGGCAUUCAUACUUUCGUCAAUAUUUCAAAAUUAUUCUAGUAAAUAUUAGUAGGCCUAUGUAUGUAUCUAGGCCGUGGACCGGUCUUAUGAAUCAACACCAAGUACUGACAUAUGGUCUAUCGAAAGGAGGAAAUAAUUUUAUUUUCAUUAUUUGUUUUGAACAGAAAAAGGCAAAUAAAAGGAGACGAGAGAAAUAUUUAGAAAUACAGGAAUUAAAGUAGACGCUAUGCGAGAAUGAUGUUAAGCCAGAAUAAUGCGUUCGAUCGUGGCUUUAAGAAAAACCUUCAACAGCGUUAUGAGCAAGAGAAAAACCGUCCAAAACCCAUCGAAUUACAUGGUGAUUUAACAUCGGACGAGGAUUCGAGCGACAUUGGGACGCCGAGUGUUUUCACACCCACACGCAGCCCCUUCCAUCUAACUCCAAUUUUUAGCUUCGAUCCACCGAAACGAUCGCAUUCCGAUAGCGAUACAACUUUCCCUUUAACGAAAGAACCAAAACGCCACCUAUCAGAUAGCUCGGUAGUGAAUACCGACCGAAAGUGCCCAACAUGUUCGGCUAUUUACCCCAACUACGACGCAUUCGCCAAGCAUGUAGCUACUCAUUUACCUACAGAAACGGUUAGAAAUGGAGACGCAAAAACCCAUUAUUGCCGUCUCUGCCAACGGGGAUUUGCUAGAAGUGAUAUGCUUACGCGUCACAUGCGACUGCAUACUGGAAUCAAACCUUACGAAUGCAAACUUUGCGGUCAAGUCUUUUCUCGGAGCGAUCAUCUCAACACGCAUCUUAGGACUCAUACAGGUGAAAAACCCUAUCAAUGCCAGCAUUGCUCAUACGCCGCCUGUAGACGAGACAUGAUAACUAGGCACCUACGAAUACAUGCCAGAAAAGGUCAAGGUCAGAUAAGUGGUCAGGGAAAUCGAGGGAGGAGAACGUCUUCAGGUAGUUCAGACAUUAGGAAAAGUUCUGCGUCGUCCUAUGAAUAUGAAACAACCGAUUUAGAAAGUCCAAAAUGGCCUCCAAUCUGGAAUCAUCAGCGUUCGUCAACUUCUAGUGUCGAGAGUGGCAUAACUGAAGAAGUCCACUUAACUGAUAAUUCAACGCCUAGUCCUCCAAAAACUUGAAUCUUUUUUUUUCAUAGGAAAAAAACAAACAAAAGAAAAAGUUAGAAAAAAAAAACUAAUUAGAAAAAUACAAUUUGAAAAACAAAGACUAAAUAACUUUUUUUGUGCCAUAAUUUGUCAAGCACUUGCAUUCAUCACAAGAGAAGAGAAAGAGACCUUUCCACCAUUUUGAUGGCUAUCCAAGCACAUUUUGAAAUGCUCAUGAAAGAAAAAUGCGAACCUGCAGUAAGGAAAAGAAACUUGACAAGGCGCGUGGCGUAUGACAAACAAUUUUUCUGUGCAGCUAAAAAGAGAACGUUUUCGUCUAGUCAUAUGUAAAUUAUAGUAUAUAUAUAUAUAUAUAUAUAUAUAUA